GCAAUCGUCUUCACUCUUCAACAAAGCAGCGAGAACUACGAUUUCCAUUCUACUACUUUCAAUUGAGUCAUGUCGAUCGUGAGGCGCAGCAACAUUUUCGACCCUUUCUCUCUCGACGUCUUCGAUCCUUUCGAAGGCUUCCCCUUCGACGCCUUCCGCUCCCUCGCCGGGACGCGCCCAAGCUUCUUCGUGGACGAAACUUCCGCCUUCGCCAACACCCGCGUCGACUGGAAGGAGACCCCCGAGGCGCACGUGUUCAAGGCGGAUCUCCCCGGCGUCAAAAAGGAGGAGGUGAAGGUGGAGGUGGAGGAAGGGCGGGUCCUCCAGAUCAGCGGCGAGCGCGCCAAGGAACGAGAGGAGAAGGAGGACAAGUGGCACCGCGUGGAGCGCAGCAGCGGCAAGUUCCUGCGCCGAUUCCGCCUGCCGGAGAACGCCAAGAUGGACCAGGUGAAGGCGAGCAUGGAGAACGGCGUGCUGACGGUGACGAUCCCUAAGGUGGAGGUGAAGAAGGCGCCGGAGGUUAAGUCCGUCGAGAUCUCCGGCUGAAUGAAGCUUUCAUUAAUCAUUAGACGGAAAAUCGUGUCUUUAUCUAAAAUCUAUAUAAAUAAAUAAGAAUGCACGCGCGGCUGCAGUGUGCUCAGUGUUCUUGGUUUGCA